UCUUGGCCGGCUUCUCCAAAGUUGGUCCAGUGUCACGGGCCCUGUUGCCGCUCUGGUAGCAUCUCUGACAAUGGAGGGACUGCUCUCCUUCAAGGAUGUGGCCAUUGAUUUCUCUGCAGAGGAGUGUGAAUGUCUGGACCCUGCUCAGUGGACUCUCUACAGGGAUGUGAUGCUGGAGAAUUACAGCAACCUUGUGUUCCUGGGUCUGGCUUUCUCUAAGCCGUACUUGGUCACAUUUCUCGAGCAAAGACAAGAGCCCUGGAAUGCGAAGGGAUCAGCACCCAUCGCUGUGCUCCCAGGAAUAAAACCUUGUAAAUUUAAGGAAUAUGGCAAGACCAUUCCUUGGAAUUCACUUCUUAUUCAACACCAUAAAGCUCACCCUGGAGAAAAGCUCUACAAAUGUGGUGAAUGUGGCAAGGCCUUUAAUGUUCGCUCAACACUUUAUAAGCACCACAGAAUUCAUACUGGAGAGAAACCCUACAAAUGUAAAGAAUGCGGCAAAGCUUUUACGUGUUCUUCCAGCCUUAACCAACACCAUAGAAUUCAUACUGGGGAGAAGCCCUACAAAUGUGAAUGUGGGAAAGCUUUUAAUAAUUCUUCAGCUCUCACACAGCACCAAAGAAUUCAUACUGGAGAAAGACCAUACAAGUGUGAAGAAUGUGGAAAAGCCUUUAAUAAUUGCUCGGCCCGUACGCGACACCAAAGAAUUCACACUGGAGAAAGACCCUACAAAUGUGCAGCUUGUGGCAAGACCUUCAAUUUUCCCACAUCCCUGUCUCAACACCAGAGAAUUCACACUGGAGAGAAACCCUACAAAUGUGAAGAAUGUGGCAAAGCCUUUAACUGUUCUUCACAUCUUAAACAACACCGAAUUAUUCACACUGGAAAGAAACCGUACAAAUGUAAAGAAUGUGACAAAGCCUUUAAUUGUUCGUCCAGCCUUAACCAACACCGGAGAAUUCAUACUGGGGAGAAACGCUACAUAUGUGAGGAAUGUGGCAAAGCCUUUAACAAUUGCUCAGCUCUUACUCAACACCAAAGAAUUCAUAGUGGAGAGAAACCCUACAAGUGUGAAGAAUGUGGCAAAUCCUUUUAUAAUUGCUCAGCCCUUUCUCGACACCAAAAGAUCCAUACUGGAGAAAAACCCUACAAGUGUGCUGACUGUGGCAAGGCUUUUAUUUUUCGCUCAUCCCUUUCUCAGCACCAGAGAAUUCACACUGGAGAGAAACCCUACAAAUGCAAAGAAUGUGGCAAAGCCUUUAACUGUUCUUCACACCUUAACCAACAUGGAAGAAUUCACAGUGGAGAGAAACCUUAUAAAUGUGCAGAGUGUGGCCAGACGUUCAUCUGUUCUUCAUACCUACAUAAGCAUCAGAAGAUUCAUGCUAUCGAGAAACUCUACGAAUGCAAAGAAUGUGGCAAAACCUUUAGCUGCUCUUCAUAUCUUAAGUAUCAUCAGAGAUUCCAUACCGGGGGAAAAUCGUACCCAUGCAAAGAAUGUGACAAAACCUUUAGGUCAUCUUCAUACCUUAGGAAUCAUCAGAGAUUUCAUACUGGAGAGAAACCGUACACAUGCAAAGACUGUGACAAAGCCUUUGUUAAUUCAUCAAGCCUUCUAGUCCACCAAAGGAUUCACACUGGAGAGAAACCAUACAAAUGCAAAGAAUGUGGCAAGGCCUUUCGGUGUUCUUCUUAUUUUAAGUAUCAUCAGAGACUUCAUACUGGAGAGAAACCCUACACAUGCAAAGAAUGUGGAAAAGCCUUUGCUAAAUCUUCAUGUCUCAUUCUACACCAAAGAAUUCAUACUGGUGAAAAACCAUAUAAAUGUGCAGAGUGUGGCCAGGCCUUUAUCUGUUCUUCAUACCUGAGGAAGCACCAGAGAAUUCAUACUGGCGAGAAACCGUAUACCUGUGAAGAAUGUGGCAAAGCUUUUAGCAUUUACUCAACCUUCACUCAACACCAGAGAGUUCAUACUGGAGAAAAACCUUAUAAAUGCAAGGAAUGUGAGAAAGCAUUUAAUAAUCAUUCUGCCCUAAUUAAACAUCAAAGAAUUCAUACUGGAGAGAAACCCUACACAUGCAAAGACUGUAGUAAAGCCUUUAAUAAUAGCUCAAGCCUUAUUCGACAUCAACGAGUUCAUUCUGGAAUUGAAACUCUAGAAGUUCAAAGAAUGUGGCAAGGCCUUUAGUAAUAAUUUAACUCUUAGCUUGAAAGACUCUUAGUAGUGAGAAAGUAAAAUGGAAAAAGGUGAUUAAUAUGUAUAUUAUACAUAUACAGUGUAAAAAUUCAUGCAUGGAAGAAACUCUACAAGUUCAAAUAGUGUUGCAAAUCUGCCAUCUCUUCUUCAUAUCUUAAUUGCUAGCAGAGGAUUUGUAUGGGAGCCCCCAAAAUAUAAUGUGUCAAGGCUCUUAAUGAAGGCUCACUCCUCAUCAGGGAAUUCGUGUUUCAUAGAAAUCGUAGCAUUUAUUGACUUUGGAAGGAACUCUGUCCAGGGUGUGAGCAAAGUAGUUAUGCAGGAAGAAAUUAUGUAAACAGAGCAGAGCAGAACUCAGAUCUUAAUGGCUAUGAGAAUUACUAUAGGUGGUUAAUUUUUAUGAAUAUAUAGAACAAUGUAAAAAUAAAGUAAAUAUUGCCUAUAAGUUAUGGGACAUUAUCUAUGGGACAUUAUGAUAGAAAUUAUCACAGACAGAAUCAUGCACAUAACUAAUGUCAGUAAGGAUAUGAAUUUGUGAAUGAGACCAUAUUUACUAUGUAGCCUCAUGUUUGAAAACAAAACUUAACACAACUCUCAAACUGUGUUAAAAGAACAAGACUAGUUUCUGAUUGAUUUUAGUCUACUUUUCCCACAGAGACUAUAUAGUGGGUAUAAAUAGGGGUUCUGUGUAAAUCUUCCUUCUUUAAAUAAACAAACUUGAACAGCU